CGUGGGAGGAUUCAUCCUGCAGUCAUCUGAGUUUUUCCUCCUGUUCAGGGAAAAUGUCUGAUUUUAGAUCUUAAUCUUCCUCUUUUCUCCUCUGAGCUGCAGACACGAACUCAUCCAGCCAGAGACAGCAGCCUCGGCUCUGUGAUCGCGUUCUCAUCUGCUCUUCUAGGAACUAAUCAGCCAUUUUUCUAGGAAUCUCACACGGUGUCAUCACGUUUUUGUUGUUUCUGGUUUCUGUACGUACAGGUCAGGGUGCGGCUGCAUUAACGCUCAGAUUGUGUCAGAUCAUUGUUCAGAAAACUGGGAGUUCUCCUCCCGGUGCCGCCCAGCCCCUCCCUGCAGCAGGUGUUGCAUCUCAUUACACCGUUAGCCUCCUGCAGCACUUUCUCUGGAGGACCCAGCCAAGACGUCACGGUUCCUGUUGUUCUCCUCGUCACGCCAUGAGGAUCUUAAUUCUGCUGUGUGUCGUUCCUGGGGUCUGCUGCUACCCCUCAGGUUUGGUCUCAGAAAGCUGUGCGGACAUGAAGCCCCUCCACUCUGUGCCGCCUCAGAACACAGCAUCUCCAUUCACUGUCAGCGCGGCGCAGACCACCUUCACACCUGGGGAGAGCGUUACAGUCUCUCUGCAGGCUCCGCCGUCGAAGGCCUUCACCGGCUUCCUGUUGGAGGCCAGAGCGCCGGGGGGGCAGUCAGCUGUCGGCUCAUUUGCAGUGAACUCAGCUCCAGCCCAACUCCUCACCUGCUUCCAGACGCCUAACGCUGCUGUGUCCCACGUGUCCAGUUCUGCAAAAACGAACAUCCAGGUGACGUGGAAAGCUGCUGGCAACAUAGAAGCCGUCCAGUUCCAAGCAUCCUUUGUUCAGAGUUACAAAACUUUCUGGGUUGGUGUGAAAAGUCCUGUUCUGAGUCUAAGGAACGGCAGCAGUACUGGUUCUUCCAGUUCCUCUAGCAUCUCCAGCGCCGGCUGCGGUUCCUCUAAGGUGUGCUUCAGUCAGCCUGCAGACUGCGAUCCAGCCGGAGGCUCUCAGUGCCGCUUCAUGUCCGCCAGGCUGCUCUCUCCUGGAGGACCUGCUGUCCGCUACGAGGUGACAGGAGCCGCUGAUGGAUAUGUAGCCUUUGGAUUCUCAGACGAUCAAAAGAUGGGGAACGAUGACAUUUAUAUCUGUGGCCUGGACAGCAAGGGAUCGGUGGGGGUUACGCACGCCUUCUCUACAGGACCAACUUUUCCAGAAGUUCAACCACUGGGGAACGUGGUGGAUGUGCAGGCCUCCGUCCAGAACGGCGUGCUGAGCUGCUCCUUUACUUCCAGCAAUCCCAUUUCCACCCAGAGGAGCUCCAACCUCAGCAGCCUGUACUACCUGCUGUUUGCCUACGGAGCCAGCAGCAGUGGGAAGAUCCUGAUGCAUAAGGACACUUUCACCAGCAGUCAAAGGGUCGACAUUUCAGCCCCGGCUGUUGUCCAAAGUGACGGGAAAGUGAACAUCAUCCGCGCUCAUGGGGCCCUGAUGCUGAUAGCCUGGAUGACCACAGGUCCGCUGGGAAUGAUGGUCGCACGAUUCCUGAAAUCGAUGGGCAGAGGAGUAAAGCCGUGUGGCAAAGAUCUCUGGUUUGUGGUCCACGUUUCAGUGAUGACCGUCACCGUGGCUGCCACCAUCAUUGCUUUCAUCCUGGCCUUCUCAUUCGUCAACGGCUGGGCUGAGGGAGCUCAUCCUGUGCUGGGCGUCCUGGUCAUGAUUCUGGCGCUGAUCCAGCCCAUCCUGGCGCUGAUGCGCUGUGGACCGCAGCAUCCAUGGAGGUUCCUGUUCAACUGGGCUCAUUUCUUCAUCGCAGUGUCUGUUCAGCUCUUAGCCGUGGCGGCCAUAUUUACGGGCGUGCAGAUGAUGGACAGCACCCCCAGCGGCUGGCUGGUGAAAGUGAUGGGGGGGUUCGCCGGCUGGCAGGCUCUGUUCUACGGCCUGAUGGAGCUCAGAGCCAGGUGGAAGUCGAGCGGCGCAGAGCCGAGCCGUCCUGCUGCAUCAAAUAUGGUGGGCGCUGCUGGGCUGCUGCUGCUGCUCUACAUCCUGGGCAACCUUUGCUUUUUGGUCGCUCUGCUGGUUGGAAUCGGACAAAUGUCAUACACCUAGAAAGCUGAAUGGAUCGUUUUCAUUAAUUAAAUUCAACUGUUAUUUCUUCUGUUUAAUUGAAGUUUAAUCACAUAAUUAAACUUUUCGUUCUGUUCGCACUCUGUGCAUACAAAAUGACAAAUAAAGUUGUCUAAGUCAUGACAUAAGCAGAAAUUGGGUUAGGAAAACAUAAUUCAGCAUUUAGGAAGAAAUUAUUUUUAUAUAUCUUAAUAUUUUCUGUUGUGAAGUAAAAUAAUAUUGGGUAUUAAGGAAGAGUUUAGUAAAUAUGUGAUUCUGUAUGUAGCUUUAUAUCAAGAGAUUUUAAAUAAAAAGAAGUGAAGCUUG